GUAGAAGAAGAAGAAAAGCCUUUUGGGAAAAAUCUCCAGCGCCAUCAUAUCUGUCUCACCGUCUCCUUCUUCAAUGAAGCUCCUUUCCUCCGAACCGAAUCCCGCGUCAAUCGCCUCAUCAAACUCGCCACCGAGGAAGAGGACUCGUGACUUGCCCAAUAUGUUCGAUUGCCAUUGCUGCGGCCGCCACGCAGACCGCGACAGCCCUAAAGAUCGCCCUCAAGUCUUGGAAAGCGUCUGGCGGAUCGUCCUCCUCUGCAAGAAAUGUCGCAAGGCUAUUCAAUCUGGUGAGACUUGUUCUUAUUGCUUUCAGGCGACGGGGACUUCGGGAGAUCUUUGUGAAUGCACCGUGUGCGGGCGCAAAAUUCACAAGGAUUGCGUUAGGUGUAACGGCGAUCACAGUCCUUGGCGCUAUUCGGGGGCGGAGUUGGAUAGGUAUGGGGUUUGUGUGGAUUGCUGGGUUCCUAAUUCGCUCAAAAAUUCGUCUAGGGUUUGCAGGAGGAGUUCGAAUGAGCGUAGGCUGAAAAGUAGGACUGUCAAUAAGCAUUUGUCAAAGGUUGAGAAGAAUGCACAAUGUAGCCGUCAGGCAUCGAAGAAGAAUGAGGAGACGGAGAAUUUGGCGGAUUUGGAAAACAGUGAGUUGGAUUCAUUGGGUCAAAAUAAUAAGAAUUUCAAUUCAAAUUCUGCUACAAUUGAAACUGCAUCACAGGUGAAUCAGUUGCAGGGAACUAUGAAUAGUUUGUUGAACUGUGUUUCAAAGACUAGGGGUUCAAACAAUUUGGAGAAUGAAAAAUCUGGCUCAGGAGUGAAGAAGUUUGAGGCAUGUGCCAAUAAUUCGAAUAUUGAAUUUGAUGGAUUUGGGAUAGAAGUUCUAAGUUGCAGUCACAAGCAGAAGAAGGCAUGCCUGGUAAAUGGUUCUGGUGAUGUAUUUGAUGGUUCGAGCAAUGUUCGCAGAUUGAAUGUUGGAUUAUUAUCUUACGAGCAAGAUAGGGAGCAAAAGAAAUGGCCUUUAAAUGAUGAGAGAGCUGGGGAUUCUGAAGGUAGCCGUCGUAGGAGCAAUACUGAUGUGUUUGAACUUUGUGAAAUGUUUACAGAUUCUGAUAGAUUUAGGAAAGGUCUUGUGUACAAGCGGGACGGGAGAAGGAAGAAAUGGCAGCUGGAUGAAGGGAGCAGUGUCGCGCUUUCUAGGUUUGGUCGGGAGCUUUUAUGUUACAAGCGCACGAGGUUUAGGAAAGCGACAUGCCAAGUAAAUGGUUCGAUUGGUGUUUAUAAUCUGAACAGUGGUGAGGGGUUACGUUCCGAAUGGUUGACUUACAAGCGGGAUAAAAGCCGUAAUAAAUGGAUAUCAGCUGGGGCCCAGUCUGUCUAGUCAGCUGACCAGUAGAGUGCGUCGAUAUUUGAGAUGGGAUUAAGGCGGGGUUUCAAUCAAGAACAGUGCUGAUGCAUCGGAUAAUUCUGUAUAUAAAUGGGUGAAAAGAAUGAUAGAGCAAUGGAGAACUGGUUUAGCUAAAUUGGACCGGCACUUAGACAUUCUGUUGUUUUUCGCUUAACAGUUCCAGUUUCGAAACUGUCUGCUGUUCCUGCUUAUUUACUGUGAAUUUCUCUACCAGAUCUAACUUGUCUGAUGUUUGGACUCCUUUAUCAUCAUCUGCGCAAAGCAGUGAACGGGUAUCUAUUUUCUUUCCAACAAGAACAGCGCUGAUUUUGCUAUUAGGUGCGCUUGAAUCGGAAAAUCUGGGUAUAAGAUUGGUCAUUAUUCGUGAGAACCUAAGUAAAACUCCAUGGUAUAUAUUAUAGGAAAAACUGAAGCUGAUAUCAGCUUUAGUUUUACAUUGGUCGAAAUUCUUGGAGACAUUUUGUUGGGAUGAAGUGGUCUUGGAUCAUUGUUGCACAUUUGGGAAAUCGCAUAAUAAAGUUGGCGUCAACAACCAAAACCUAAGGAGCCGUAAUGAAAAUCAGAUGUUGCAGCCAUGUCUCUAGUUGAAGACAUUUAAGACUGCUGUAUUGCACGUGGAGCAGAGACUAAUUUGUCCAAGAACACGGAACAUCAUCAAUAACUUUCCUGAUCGGUAAGUUGAUUAGCUUCCCUACUUGUCCCAUUUCUUAUGAAAUGAAAUGGCUUAAUGUGAUCUACUGCUGUCCGAGUGCAUUUAAAAUAACUGAAAUAAACUUUUGAAAUAGUUCUAAUGGUCUUGAAUUUUUGAAUUUGAUCAAGCUUGUGAUUGGGUGGAAGAAAUUGCU